AUGAUGAACCGGGCCAAGUUGCUGCAACGCGCGGCUAAGAUGGGUGCUGGUGCUUUGUUGGGCGGCUCAGUGGUCACAGGGGUCACUGCCUUAAGCAGUGACCAGAUCGAAGCGCUGCAUUACGGAUUUGAUCACCAGAGCCCGCUGUCUUCGUUUGACUAUGCCAGUGUACGUCGUGGGUACCAGGUGUAUCGCGAAGUUUGCGCAUCCUGUCACAGUUUAGAUCGUAUUUGCUUUCGCAAUCUGGUUGGAGUCACUCACACCGAAGAGGAGGUCAAAGCCAUUGCGGCUGAUAUAGAUGUUGUUGAUGGCCCGAACGAUGAGGGUGAGAUGUUUGAGCGCCCCGGUAAGCUUUCAGACCCGCUCCCACGACCGUACCCAAACGACGAGGCUGCAGCCGCAGCCAAUAAUGGCGCUAUACCUCCUGAUCUUUCGCUGAUAGUGAAAUCUCGCCAUGCUGGUGUCGAUUAUUUGUUCGCGCUGUUGACUGGCUAUGUUGACCCUCCCGAGGGCACGGAGCUGCUACCAGGUCUUUACUAUAAUCCGUAUUUUGGCGGUGGCGCGAUCGCUAUGGAGCGCCAGUUACAAGAUGGCCAGAUUGAGUAUGAAGACAAGACGUUAUGCACCACUUCUCAAAUGGCUAAGGACGUGUCAGUUUUCCUUGCGUGGGCUUCUGAGCCUGAGCACGACGUGCGGAAGAAGCAGGGCAUGCAGACGACUAUUGCUCUGCUGACACUGUGUGCUUUGACUGGCUACUACAAGCGUCUGAAAUGGGCGCCACUAAAGACUCGAAAAAUUACCUACACUAAGUAA